AUGUCGGAGGAAGCCUCACAUGAGAGGGCGGUGGAGGCAUCGAGGCAGUGGCUCAGAGACAAGGGAUGGGAAGAGGAUCAUUAUGUCAUAAGUGUUUCCGAGGUGCAGUCGUGCCCCCAGGGUUUCCUCAGCGUCGACGUCAUCUGCAUCAAGAGCGAGGACGAAGACGAGGACCGCUCGCUACUGCUGAAGAAGAGCAGAGUUUUGGAGGUGGAUUUGGUUCGAUUCAGUGUUGAGACUGUGCUGGCGGCUCGGGACAUGAACGCGCUGAAGCGAAUCCUUGAGCUGGAGAGAGUCCGCGUGCGAACUGAAGAGCUGGAAGAGGGCAUGCGCGCCAAUGAGCUCGAAGGGACCCGGCAGGAGAAGGAGGAGCAGGAAGUAGAGAUUUCGGAGACCGAAGUGAACGCCAUGCUUCUCGAACAGGACCCCAAUGUUCGCUUGAACCAGGUGGAGGAGGAGAUCGAACGGGUGAGGAGAGUGCAAGAGGAGCUGUCAAACGCCAGCAAGCCACUGUAUGCUUCCGCUGAGUAUGACGAAGAUGAAGAAAAGAAUCCGUCAGGGACGGUGUCGGGGGACAACGGAGAUAAUCCUCCAGAAACCGAAUGA